AUGUACCGACCGGCGGGUUACGAGGAUUCCGAUGAGGAUGAUUUCGAAGAAUUUGGAUAUUUCUAUAGUUCACCUACCGGGAAACAGGAAAAUAGCGCCUUUAUGACGAUCCAGGAAGAUGAUGACACGAUGCUCUAUAAUGCUGUUCUGGACGAUAAUCUGGAAGAAACGAAACGCAUUAUGAAACAAAAUGAGUUUUUGCGUUCUGGUGGAGAGCUGCGUCAGGGUUGGCCGGCACUAUUUUAUGCCUGUUACGAAGCCAAGUUAACAAUAGUUAAGUAUCUCGUGCAAGAGCAACAGCUUGACGUGAAUCGGGAGUAUGGGCUGCAGACCGCUCUCAUGAUUGCAUGCAGCUCACCACAAGCAUCGGAUUGCGUGUAUCAGAUCGUGCGGUUGCUGCUCGAUUACGGCGCCAUUAUCGGUAUGUUGGAUCAAUACGGAUACUCGCCGCUCAUGUUUGCCUGUAAGGAAGGUCAUCUGAACGUAGUGAAAGAAAUCGUGGCCGAAUCUUCGCUGCUAUCUAUCGAUAAUGAGGGAAACACGGCGCUGUUCCAUGCGGUCAAUAACAAUCGGUUGGAGGUGGUAAAGGUCUUGCUACGUGCCGGAGCUCCAACUCAUACGGUCAAUAAGCAGGGCUACACACCAAGACAGUGUGCAAUGCACAACAACUUUCUAGACAUUGCUGAGCUGUUCCCACCGGAGCAAAAACAGUUCGAGAUACCAUCCAAUUACUUAUGUUACAGCAACUAUCGUAACUUUAUUCACGACAUACAGAACGACAAUCCGCCCGGCUAUUACCCUGACCUAGGCGCGAUGUUGGUUGGUAUGAAUAGCGAAGCAAAGCUUCGCCAUUUCGUUGAGCCGGGAUUGAAUCUAUUCGAAUUUCUCACGCUUACCGAUGAAAGGUUGCGUGAGCUUGGCCUCAAGUACCCGAUUGAACGAAAGCGCAUACUGCUGGGGUUGUACGAUUUUCAUCAAAAAAAGUGGUCCAAGAACAGUGUAUGGACGAUGGAAAAACAACGCAUUCUAGACUUCUACGACAUUUUGGAAGCACUUGGGAAUAUACUUAAACAUUUGACCAUCAUACAUGCAUCCUUGGUGUAUACGAAGCAGUUAACCGGAGGACAUGGUCGAAAAGCUUUUCUUACCACUAAACAAUGUGCCGAUUUGAACUUACAGUUAAUUGAACUUCGGGCGUCCGUAGAUGAUUUGCAACUUCAUAUUAAAACCAUGCACAAACUCUCCAUCCCAAAGCCAGUUAUGCUUAUAAUACCACCAAAUAAGGACCAAAGAACCUUUGUAAAAAUGAUGAAGCUUGGUAUCUUUCUAAUAGCCGGCGGAUUUGUGAUGUAUCGCAAGUGGAUACGGUAA